AUGACCGACAACGGGCGCAAGCAGAAAGCCGCCCGUGUGACGCCGCCCGACGCGCUCGCCCUUCCGCACGUGAUGGAGGCCAUUGCCACGAGCUUGGACAACCAAGAGGACCUUGAGAGUUUUCUCUACGCGAUACCACGAUCGCUCUGGACGCCGGCGCUCACGGCCUUUCUCGACUGCACCACGGUGAUGCCAUCAUCAGUCAGCACCAACUGGCCGCACAUCAAGCUGACCCGCAUAAGAUUUCGGUCUUCAAUCUUGCCGCUGCUUGCGGCGACGCUGCCGCUGCGUCCACGCAUCGAACUCGAAUAUGGCGUCCGGGACGUAUUGCCACUGGCCCCGGUCGUUGCCGUCCUCGGACCUGCACUCAGCAGCAUCAUUCUCGGUUUCUACAGUGGGCGCAUGGACCAAGGCCGAGGACAAGCGAUCAGCAACCUCCUCUUGCAGCGCUGCCCACGUCUGCGCCAAGUGUCUAUCUCGGUCAUUUCUUAUUCGGAGAGCGAUGCCGCCGAGCUCAACGGCCUGCUAGCUGUCGUCGCCCACCCGCAUGUCCACGACUUGUCUAUCGACCUCCUUCUCGCGAUCACUGUACCGCGACUCGGCCAUCUUCUGGCUUCUUGGCUCUCGACGGCGCCAGCGACGAAGCUCACAUUGGUCCGUGUCGCCCAAAUGGACGACGAUGCCAUGAUGGCAUUUUGCGAUGCGCUGCAAGCCAACACAACCCUCCAAGAGCUUAACAUCAUCGACAUACCCAGCCUCAAUGGCUUCCACGGCCGCACGCUUCCAGUGUCGUUGAAGAUCUUGAAUGUUUACUUCAAUGGUGUUGUCGACGCCGCAACGCUGACGAGCCUCGCGACCGCCGUCGGCCGCACGCAGCUCGAGCGUCUCGAGUGCAGCGUCUUUGGUCCAGUUGGCGACAUG